CCAAGAGCCAGCCAAACACAAGACAUGAGCACCACCAGUGAGCGAAUCGGUGUCAAAACGGUACACAGCAUACACAUACACACACAUACAUACAUACACUCGAUCGUCGCGCGCAAAUCAAACCAGCACCAUCCCUCCACAAGAGCUUGCUUUGUUUCGCUUUGUUUUUCGUCACCCCCUGCCUGUCGCCUGUUUGUCAGCUUGCCCCCGAAGCCGGAGGAACCGCCGUUUCACCUGUUCCAGAGAAAACGGUGGGACCUCCGACCUGCGUGAUCUACUGCCACGACAUUUGACGAUGCACGGGGACCAUGAACAGCAUCACCCACUUUGCGAUGUCUGUCUGUCUGUCUGUCUGUCACCUGUCGUGGGUCGUCCGCUGGCCGACGACCGUCGACAUGCGACGAUGCAACACAACUGAGGGGUAAGAAGACUUCUCCACCUGUGGUGGGCCGAAAAAAAGCAGACGGCCAUACGCGUACGUACGUGUGUGCGUAUGCAGACAGCCAGGCACGUCAAGACAGACAUAUACACCCAUGGAUUGAAAAAAACAUAAUCGUCCGUGAUGUGUGUAUGUAAGUAUCGGUGUCUGUCUGUAUGUGUGCAUAUGUGUGUUGAAAAGGCAAUCGGUGCAGUGCAAGUCAGCAAGCCGGCCGCGCAAUGUGGUUGUGGCUGUGGCGUGGCGCCACUGAUAAAAAUCACUCGACCUCUCACUCCCUCACUUAUCAUGGUCAUGUUGAUACGUACGUAUGUAUGCAGCUGCGGCGCCGGCUGCAUGUUUGCGUCGUUCCCCUGUUACGUAAGUACACACCCUUACUCAUACCUACCGGCAUCGUCUGCAUGUAUACAUGCAUCCUCUGCUCCACAGUAGUCGAACGAACGAACGAAAACAAACAAAUCGAUAAAAGACGCCCCUUCCCUCCCAUCCCCUCUCUCCAUUGGUUCUCUUGCUCGACUCACCCACCCACCCACACACAUUGGGGUGUUCGACAGGGCUUCGCCCAUCACACACACUCACUCACACAUGAAGCCAACACACCGCACGCAGACCAAAAGCGCCAGAAAAGCCCUCAACCACCCGGCCAGCCAUCCGCCCUCCUUCCCUUCACCAGUCCUCCCCACCGUCGCUGUCAGCGCCGCCGACGCCCACAUCGUCGUCGUGCAUGAUCUCGCUCCGACCCUCCUCCUCACGCACACGCCGCGCCGCACACUUGCUGCCGCAGCUGCCGCCCUCUAUCACAGUGAUGAUGCCCUUGAGCACGCCCACGAGGCCCUGCAUGCACUCGCCGAUCUUGUCCUCGGCGUACUCAUGCACCGACUGCCCUGUGGUGCUGGCCGUGGUGGUGGUGGUGGUGAUGCCUUUGGUGGUGAAGUAGCCGUGCGUGUGUGCGUGGGGCUCGGCGGGGAGGGCGUCGAAUCGGUGCUGCGACGUCUUGUGGAAUGAGGUCAUGGACACAGGCGUGAGGGGCGGAGUCGCUGCAGCAGACACACAGAGAGGGGAGGGAGGGGCGUCAGAAACGCGUCACACGUGUGUGUGUUGUUGCUCCUACUUCCGGCAGUGGUGGCGCCAUCGAGCGAUGCGCGGCGAGGCAGCGACACAAUAGUGGGCGCCAGAAACUCAGCUAACUGAUCCUCCAGCUGAUACAAGAAAGUCAGCAACACCCCGCACACAGACAAACAGAAGCGCAUGGCAUAUCCGUGUUGUAUGUGUUGUAUUUGUGUUUGUCUUCGCGAGCACAUGCCGACCUUUUUGACUUGCAGUGCGGUUGUGUGCAGCUCGUCGCCCUGCUCCUCAUACCUCUGCAACAAAGCCUGGGGGAAGGAAGCCCCACCAAUCAUGAACACACCCACCCCACAUGGCGCUCCCAGCUUAGAAAAUAACCAACACGCGCCAUGCCCCUCGCCCCCUUCUCUCUACCUCCCUCCCUGCCUCCCCCUCCCCGUUCACUCUCACGUCAUAGUCGUGGGUCUUCUUGUCGAGUUUGUCAGCUAGGUCCUCCAUCUCGGCCCGCAUCUCCCGCACCUGGAACUCGAGGGCGGCCUUCAUGCCCAGCAGCUCGGCCGUCCGGUGUGUGAGGCUCUCGCUCUCACCGCGGCUCCUGUCCUGGGUGGCCUGCAGCUCGCGCACCUGACGCUCGUACUGAAGGAAUGUCAAACAGACAGACAGACAGCCAGGCAGACAGACAAGAGUCAUUUUUUGUAGGGCCCGUGGUUGGGUGGUUACUCACGUCGCGGCACUUGGUGAGCGACUCCUGCAGCUCGUUGCUGGCGUGCUCGUACUUCUGCAACAAACACUGAACACACAACACAGAGAGGGAGAGGACAUUGCAGUGCGACAUCCUCUCCCCUGUUGCCCAUGCACCACCAACCCACCCACCUGGUAGUCGGUCUGUUUGCUUUUGAUCUCCCUCUUGAGACUUGUGGUGGUCUCCUCCAGGCUGGCCACCUUGCUGGCGGUGCGCCGCUCAUAGGCGGCAGAGUCGGCCUUGGCCGUCUGCGAGCGGCGCGAGUACUCACUCAACUGGCUCUCGUACUGACAGACAGACGAUGCCAACACACAGACGCAGGCAGACAGGCAGAUGCAGAUCUGCUUUGUGGGCGUGUGUUUGGCGUGUCGCUGACCGCGUUGAGCCGCGCGGAGGUGUCGAGGUACAUGAACUCUCCCAU